UUAGCUAGAGAACAGCAUAUCCAAUCUGAAAAUUAUUCAAUCUUCAAUAUCCUAAGUAGUGGAGAGAUUGAGUGCAGCAAUUCUUUGGAAGAUGAAUGUGAUACAGAGAUUCCUGGACAGGCACUUAUCUACCGCCCUGCUCGUCAGCAUAUUUAUUCUGUCUUGUUGGAAUCUGGAAAAGGUGGAAACUAUCCUUUGGUAAAAGAGUGGUUUGUCUAUUUUGGAAAUCCUCUCCAGCAGCCAGACCUGAUACGACCUGUACAACCUUCUAUUCCAGGUGGAACACCUAAUUUGAAAACACUGUGGUUUGCCAAAGGACCUGGCAUGGAAAAGCAACGGUAUAUAACAUUUCUGGCAUGCUUUCACCUUCAGGAUGGGAUGGAAGAGCUCCAAUCUCUAGAAGCACCUGUUGCAGCAUUCUGCUGCCUUCUGGCCUAUCUUAUGAUGCAGGUCAGAAGCCUCUCUCUGGAGGACUUAAAUGCAUUUCUGGCACUCAUUCUGUGCCUCAAAGGGAAGUCAGCUGCUCAACUGGCAGGUUUGCAGCUUGCACAGGUGGACCCCAGAGCUGUACAUCUUGGUGCUGUCUUUGUCCGUGGCCUUACAACUUUGCUCAUGGCCAAUAGUACCUGUGGCUUUCCAUUCAGAAUGGAUUAUUUGAUGCCUUGGGAAGUGUUUGAUGGAAAACUUUUUCAAGAAAAAUACCAGCAGUCGCACCGAGGUUGCACUUUGGAAGAGCUUUUGGAAGGCAAUGAGUCUUUGUAUACACCCUUCCAGAAUCUGAAGUCUUUCAUGUUCAAGGUUUGCAUGGCGAAGAAAAGAACAAUAGAGAGCAGACCAAGAGGGAAUGGAUUUAUCACAGGAACACAACAAAGAGAAUUUAAUCCCAGGUUCCAACAAAGUCACAGAAGUUCUUUUGUUCCUCCAUAUCAUAACCGGAUGAGGGACUUCCCAUGGAGAAAUCCUCAACCACAAG